UGUGGUAGGUGACCACUGAAACUUCCAAGCUCAAAAUUCCAGUCUGGUUUUCUAUUUUAUGUAUAUACAUUUUUGAAUUUUAAACUGCAUUCUUGAAUGCUGUUCGCUAUUGAAUUGUGAUUAGUGAACUGUGAACUGCGUUCCGAAACCUAAUUGCCCUACUAUGUCCGGCUACACGACAUCCGGCUACACGACAUUUUGUCUAGCUGGCAUUUCGUGUGCUUUAAUUAAAUGUACAGGACACAAAGUUUAUAUCCCCCCACUUGCUGCUGUGCAUUUAAAUUAUCGAUUUUGUUGUAUAAUGACUGCAGUUUUGAUGUCAUUUCUGUGAUGUACCAAAAACAAUCGACCUAACUUCCCUGAGCAUGGAUUUCUCCACGGAUAAUUUGACAGCUGUGGGUCGGGAUAGUUUCACGGCUGUGAGUCGUGUUUCAGCUUCCCUUCUCGUGGUGGCCGUACUCCAGCUUACCGUGAUCGGUGCAAUCCUGGCCGCACAGCUGUAUGUGCUGAUGACAGCUGGGAGGUAUCUACACACCGCCCCCUGGCUGUCCAUGCUAUGGAUUGGGAUUCCCCACACCCUCCGCUACGGACAAAUCCUGUAUAACUUGGUGAGUCUGCGACCAGCUCUGUGUCAAGAUAUGUAUACUUUUACUUUAGUCUAUUCUGCAUGGAUAUUAACAAUGUUGGUAUUUGUCAACAAGGAAGACUUUCUAAAUGCAAGGAAUAUUGUAACCAUGUGUUUGGUGGGCCUCUCCACUUGUUGCUUACUGUUGAAAUAUCACUACAUGGAGAACACGGAAGGAGCACUUUACCAAUCUGGACUAUUUUGUCGACCAGCCGGAGACAUGCUGCCGGUGUUCGCCCAGGAAUAUUUCACGCUCUAUAUCCCCUCGCUGGUGAUUGGAAUUAUUCUGCGAACCCUGAAAAUCAAUGGCGACCGUCCAUCAUGUCAGGAGUGCAAGGAGUGGGAUAACAUACAGCGCCAUCUACUGGGACUAUACGCCUUUUUUCUACUGAUUCUGAGACCAAUACAGAUAUACUACUUUGCAACUUUGGACUUUCAGUAUUCCGACGUACUUCUUAGUCAUGUCAAUUUAAUAUCAUUUUUAUAUGUGUGUAUGGAAACGGUCAAAGUUCCUGUUCCAGCGAAACAGUGCAGUGACAUUUCCCAAAAUCAGUAGCAUACCGGUAUAUGAAAACGGUCAAAGUUACUAUUCCAGCGAAACAGUGCAGUGACAUUUCCGAAGAUCUGUGGCAUAUAUAUACAACAUUAGUGACGUAUCGGACACAGAACGAGCCAAACAAGUGUAGGAACAAACUGACAACACUCCAACUAUCAAAUAUAUUUGUUCUCAAUCUAUGAUCCAGAAGUAAAUUAGUAGGAUAUCAAACAUUUCACAAAAUC